GAUCACGGAUUUGUAUUCCAUCGUGUUGAAACGAUAAAUCAAAAUGAAAACAAUUGUUAUCUUGCUCGCCGUUUCUUUCGUCGCCGUCUUGGGUGAAUUAACAAAGGAAGACCACGCAAAAUACGAACAGUAUGAAAAAGAUUGUAUGGAUGAACUUGAUAUUGAUCCGGCCACAUUUCUAAAAUUAAACCAAGAGAAAUCAGAUGAAAAUGAUGAAAAGCUAGCCUGUUUCAAUUUCUGUUUGUUAAAGAAAUACGAAAUUUUCAAAGAGGAUGAAAAAAUUGAUUGGGACAAAUUUCGUGCUGAAAUGUCAAAACAUGAUGUACCACAAGACAAAAUCGAUGAAAUAUGUGACAAAUGCAAAGACGUUGAUGGAGAGGGUUGCCAAAAGGGAAAGAAUUUGAUUAAAUGUAUGCAGGAUGUCAAGGGCGAAUAGAAGCAUUGAGCGAUUGAAACCAAAUUCCGCAAGAAAAUAUAAUUGGAAUUAUUAAAGAGAUUUUAAUGUCAUCUAUCGUCUAUUACAUUUUAGAUAACAUUAAAAUAUUAUCUUGCACAUGUGUUAGUACACAAAACUCUAUUGAUAAGAAAGUAAAUACACGUUUCGUUUCAGCAUAAAA